UUUAAUCGUCGCUGCAGCAGUAAAAGCUGGAUCCUGUCGCUAGGCAACCACCCCUCCUUCCCAGCAUCAGCACCAGGACUGUGUUAACGCUCUCUGCCGCAUCACUGAGUUGGCUGCACGUUCUGCGUGCCUUGUCAUCACGUAUAGGGCAGGUUGUGGUUUGCAAACACGAUCCGUUCCUCUGCCAGAGUCACAGCUCGACUUGGAAACAGAGGAAGAGAUGCGAGGGCAGCAGAGGGGAGGGGCGAGCAAACACGAUAAUGAAAGAUAAACUUAAGUUGCUGUGCUAUGAGGGGGCACGGGAAGGCUAAGCGGCUGUAUUGGUGUGAUGUCUGGUGAAAGGCUGUGAGGUAAACGUCGGGGGUACAUACACACAUUCACAAACACACGGGCUGAACGGGAUGCCCGCGUGACUGCAGGGAGGAAAGAGGCGGCGGAGGAGGAAGAACAAGAGGAGGAGGAGGGGGGUCUAGGUGCUUGUGUGGACCGCCGCAAAAACCUCCGAGGUGGAGUUAACAAAGAUAGAUAGUCUGCUGGUAAAUAUUCCAGCCUGGCUGCUAUCUUGGUGCAGUUUGAAAAUCGAUGGAACAUUUAUUUCCUGUUCAUGCCGGGAUAGCUAAUUAGUCUUAGGGUGAUCUUAGGGUUUUGAUCUCCUCGCCGUCUUUUUUUCUCUUCCGUGACAGGAUAAGGAGCUGAUAAAAAGGUCGCGGGAGGGGAGCGCACAUGUUCAGAUGAUGUUCCUCAAGACUGGACGCACGGACUGACCCCCACAUGCCGCCUCUGCUGGGAGUAAAACUACAAGCGAACAGCUGCUAUCUCUGAGAUGCUUUAGAAUUUGCGGCCUGCUCGGGUCUCCAGUUACCGCAAUGCCACGGGCUAGAGGAGGGAGAGAGGGACGAGAGGAGGUGGAGAGGAGGAAGCAGCAAAAAGCAAAUGAGUAAUAAUAGCAAUAAUGUGAAGAUUUAAAAGGAAAACGAAUUGCCCAGUUUGCCUGUUAGCGUUAUAAUCAAAGAAUGGCUGGGCAGCAGAAUGGCGUAGACUGUACUAUAUAAGCUACAUUGGCUUCUGAACUGAGUGGGGUGAAAGAGACGCUGUGUGGACUUAAAAGUAUAAAAGCUGAAACGUCAGAUGAGGUGAGUAUGGUGCCUGCGACUGUGUGGUAGCAGCUCAUUUUUUCAACUUUCUGCUGACAAAGUUAUUGGACUCACUGGCUGGACUACAGUGUGCACCAUGGGACAUUGCGCAGAACCUGCCAGUGGAGAAUUUGGUGCAUAACUGUGACAGAGCAGAGCUCUGAAGCCAGCAUUUAUGUCUCUCUCUCUCCUGCUCUCCUGUGCUUCUGCCCACACAACUUGUCUUAUGAACCCGCUGUAAGCGUAAAACCUUUCCCUGCCUCCUCCACAAGCCAAACAUGCCUUCACCUUCAGACUCUAGCAGCGUGGCUUCAGCCUCUGGGUCCCGGGGUUGGUCAGACAGCCGCAGGGGCAUGUCUGGCCGGGGGCCUAGUGGAGCCCGACUGCUCCUUUACCUGGGGCUCUGCCACCUGGGCUUGGGAGCAAUGGUCCUGGCCUUCUCUUUCACCAGCAUGGCCUUCACCACCACUCCCCGCGUAAGGCAGUCCUGUCCAUUCUGGGCUGGUUUCUUUGUGGUGGCAUCGGGGAUUGUUGGAAUAAUCUCAUGGAGGAGACCUCUGACGCUGGUGGUGUCACUGUUUAUGCUGCUGUCUGCAGUGUGUGUGAUACUCAGUCUAGCUGGCUCAAUGCUGUCCUGUCAGAAUGCACAGAUGGUCAAGUCCAUGCUCACCUGCCAGGUGGAAAAUGGUCUGUGUGUGUGCUGUGCACGCACAGACCCCUGCUCCACAGAUGAGGAAAAGCUGGUCCUCAACCAGGAUAAUGGGUGCCACUCAGUCAGAAAACAGCUGAAGGACCUUUUGUUCAGUGCGUGUGGUCUCAGCAUUCUCUCCACCAUCAUUUGUACCCUGUCCACCGUGACCUGCAGUAUCCACAUAUUCUCCCUGGACCUCCUGCACCUGCUGGCCCCACAUCGCUCUCGGUCCGUCAACCCAGAAUGCACCACUCCUCAGGAUGCCUUCCUGACCAACAUCAUGGACUUUGAGGAGUUUGUUCCACCCAUCCCUCCACCCCCCUACUAUCCUCCUGAGUACACCUGCAGCUCUGAGACAGAUGCUCAGAGCAUCACCUAUAAUGGCUCCAUGGAGAGCCCCGUUCCCCUCUACCCCACUGACUGCCCUCCUCCUUACGAAGCUGUGAUGGGACAGAGAGCUGCCAGCCAGGCCACAGUGUUUGACCCCCACGGCACUGAGCUGUCUGGAGAGAGAGGAACUUCCACCGCCUUCAGUGGAGAAGUGUCUAUGGACAGUGGAUCUCUGUUAAUGUCAGAGAUUGUGGACAUCCCUGAUGAUUCCUCCCCCUCUGAGGACUCCUGCCUCUUGGAGGUUGGGCUGAGAAACCAAGGGGAGAGGCGUAACAGGAACGCUAGUGAGGGUGGAGACGGAGGAGAUGGUAGGGAGUAUAUCAACUUAGGUGGCCCACCAUGUCAAACACCAGAGAGUCCUCUGGCAGGAGGGCCGAGAUCCAGGCGAUUCCUCAGAGGAGAGCGGUCCAACUCCUGCUCCUCACCCAGCACAGCCACCACCACAUACAGGUCUCCAGUGUUGCGGCGCCAGACCAUCCUGGCUAGUAGCUGUUCCCAGCUGGAAGCAGUAGGGAGUUGCACCUCUCAACACCAAUCCUCGAUCCCAGAGAUUCGAGUUCGCCCCUCCACCCCUUCAGUCCAAGGAGCCAUCCCAGCCUCUUCUGCUCCCCUUACCUCAUCCUCCUCUGCUACCAGUGAGCAACCCCAUCUGCACCAACCCCUGUAUCUUCACCGGAGAGCUGGGAAGAAUGAAAGAGAUGGAGAGAAUGUACAAAAAGACCGGGAAGGCUUCCUACGCCUUGUGAGGUCACACAGUGAGCCAGGUCUGGGCUCCUCAACUGAGAGAGUUGACUUUGGCUCUGGAAGCAGCAAGGCAUCUAUAGACACAGGCCCAUCCUCUGAAGCGUGUCUGUUGCCCCGCACUUCUGUGCCUCCGGUUGCUGCUCUGCCCAGAAAAGGCAGCAUCAAAUUAGCAGCCACGGGGGUGCAGGUCCCCUCCAAACCUGCACCCACUUCACCGUUACGUUUACCUAAAGACUGCCACCGUUCUCUCGGAGACCUUAAGGUCACUCGGGUUCUGGUGGCUCGCUUCUUGCAGCGCUCCAAACGUAACCUGGCACCCCCAUCUGAGCAUGCUGGCAGCGCAGGGCAGGGACCUAAGAGAAGGAGUGGAGCUGAGGGUGCCAACCACUUGCCCUUGGAGCAGGUGUUGCGAACGCCUUGGAGCACAAGCCGCGGACAAGCCAACCAUCAUUCCCAUCAUCCUCAUCGACGCGGACAUCACCAUUCCCACAGUGACAGUCGUCACAACCGACACUACAGCAGCCGGGCGCCUGAAGGGAUCCACCUGCGCAGCUGUGGAGAUUUAAGCUUCUCCUCCUCAGCAUCACUGCGUCGACUAGUGACACCUCAUGCACCACAUGGGUCAUCGGGAACUCUCUACUCAGAGUCUGCACUGUGAAAAGAAGAGGAGAGUGAAGGAGGGGUGGAGGAGGAAAAUAGGUGGAACGCAAGAUGACAAGGCUGUAGGGGGAAAUAGCUAGAAGCCUAUUGAGAUAUUAUUCCCUCCUUUGUCUCUUAUUCACUUCCGUUUCUUGGAGCAAGCUGUGCAAAUGGCCUUACUUAGUGGUGCUCUUUAUCAUGUGAACAACAUCUUAGAGCUCCCUCACAGAUCAACAGCAGUGCAGUGCUCUGUAGAUGUUUAUUUCUGAUGGGCUCUCUUUAGAGAACCUAUUGGCCAAGAUCAACCUACCAGAAGCAUCUUUUCUGCCACACCAAUGAGCUCCUAACUCUGACUGGAAAUGGAACUCAACUAGCAUUCAGAUUUACUUACACUUACUUUUAAUCUCAGUCUGUUACACAAUGGGUUGCAAUAUGCAUCUGGCCCUUUUGUACAUUGCUAUUCAUUCACGGGAUCGCUCAGGUGAAGUGAUCAAGGAAAGCUCUUACUUUGUCUUCCAUUGAUUAAACAAAAUGCAUCAUCAUAUAGUCAGCUGAGUACAAUGUAAGAUAAACAGACAACACAUGAGAAAUGCUUUCACAUUACUGAGUUGCUAAUUUUGUGUUUUUCUAAUUCAGUCACACUUUUUCCACCUACACGAUGGCAGCCAGCAUUCAGACACUGACAUUAGUGCACGCCACAGACACAGGCUCAGCCUGUGAAAUGUACUCUCUGUGGGUGGCCCCUGGACACGGUCAUUUCGUUUGCCCGUGCGCAUGUUUUGCUACAACCGGCGAUACAGCAGAAACCUUGUGCAUUGAAUCCUGACUGUCUGUGUAAUUAAGUAACAUGUCCUUCAGAAUGUCUUUAUCUGCAUGUUUUGACUAUGCUUCCUUUUUUUUCCUCCCCUUGCACCCAAGACCUGUGAUAGUCGGCAGUUACAAUGUAUUUGUUUUAAUAGCUAGCUCUAAGGACAAGGAUCUGCAGCGCUCCCACGGGCUCCAAACAUGCCUCUGUAUCCAAUUUGAUUUUAAUCGAGUUUCAAUAUGUGACACUGGCUAAAGCAGCUUGAUCCUGUAAGAUAAAUAGGUGUAACUUGUACUCCGAUGAUAUGAAGAGUCUCUCGCAGUAAAUGUACAGAUAAAUUGAUUAAGUGGUCAGGCUUCACAAAAUGUGUUAGCACAUGUCCCUGUGGACUCUACGGGUUGCUGGGGGUUAGUUGAACGACAAAACAAAAAGAAAAUCUUCCAGAUACUCUCAUGACAGGGAAUUUAUGAUGGGUCUGGCAGCUCUGGGUACUGAAUUUUGAAGUGUAAUAAUAUAUUUGUAUCAGAUUGGAUUUCUUUUUUUCUUUAGAAAGACUUUCUGGUGUGCUCACCAAGUGAUGAUACUGAAUACGUAUCAGUAAAGGCACAUUUUGGAUACACUCAUACGUAUGUAACUAAGUUUAAAGAUUUACACACAUACACACUUACAGGCACAUGCAUACACCUAUAAAGGCACUGAGCUGUGUUUCUACCUCCUGUCUUGCAUAAAACAUAAUUUAUUUCAAGAAAUGUAUAUCUGUAUUGCAGGCUUAACAGGACAGAGCCUUGAGAUCUGAACAAUAAAUGUAAUCUAAGUAUGACACCUAUUCCAGAUUUUAAAUGCAGUGUCAAUGUAUUUCAUGAAAUGAAAUAAAUGAUAGACAAAAUGCAGUGUUGUGCAAAA